CAUCGGUGGGUAUAUAAACAGCAAUGACAGCUUGAUAAUCCAGUGCGUUUGCUUCGACAACCAUCGGCUGGAGAAGUAGGACGACUACAAUAGAACGACUAUUCUUGACAUAAUCUACGACCGAGUCGUGCGCGUGUCAACAUGAAAGCAAUAAGCCCAGUGAGAUCUUUCCGGAAAAACAGCGCGAAUUUGACAGAGCACAGUCUUGGAAUCUCCCGAAGCAAGACGCCCGUGGACGAUCCUCUGAGCCUGCUGUACAACAUGAACGACUGUUAUUCAAAACUGAAGGAGCUCGUGCCCAGCAUCCCCCAGAACAAGAACGUUAGCAAGAUGGAAAUCCUGCAGCAUGUCAUCGAUUACAUUUUGGAUCUGCAGAUCGCUCUCGACUCCAAUUCUGUAUUAACAACCACCAGCCUGCAUCACCCGCGGCCAGGGCAGGCGACAUCCAGAACACCCUUGACAACUCUCAACACCGACAUAAGCAUCUUAUCAUUACAGUCUCCGGAGUUCCCAUCAGACCUGCUCACAGAAGAACAGAAGACACUCUACCGUUAAAUGGUGUUUGGUUAGAACGGGGAAAAAACACCACCACCACCACCACCACACAGGACCUAGGACUGGACUUUUUUUCCCUUCCAAUUUUUUGUUCUUGGUCUGGAUUUAAUCUUUAAUUGAUUCAAAAGACUUUUGCAUAAAAGGACAAUCUUAUGUGAUCGUGUUUAUCAUUUUGGACACUUAUUAUUUAUCGUUAGACUCGUUAGGUCCUUUCUUCAAAUGGAAGAAGCACUAUAUUCCCCGACACUGGGAGGAAAAUGAAAGAAGAAGAAAAAGAAUGUCAUAUUGGAUUCCAUUUUCCUUUUUUGUGAAGUCUUCACUUUUUCUGCGAAGGUGGAGCGUGAAUAGGGGACAACACGGUUCGUCGCUGUAAAAAGUUUAGUAGGCUAUGUUUUUUUUGUCAGAUCAUUGUAAUUUUGGCACAUUGGAGGACGGGAUGGUGUACAUGAAUGAACGAGUGAAACGUUGUAAACUCUCACGGAGUUUUUAUCUUGUAUAGUUGUGGAAAUUGCAAAUUUCCGCAAAGGUGUAAAGCUGUACUUAAUUAUGCUGAAACUUUUUAUAAAAGUAAUAUUGUAAAUUGUACCUUUUUAUACAAAAUAAAUCAAAUGCUUUAUUUGA